AUGUCUGAUGACGCUUUGUUGAGCGACCUCUGCAGUAUAUGCAACACAGCCCAGUUCAAGUAUCGCUGCCCGGGAUGCUCGGCGCGGACUUGCUCGCUGCCAUGUUAUAAACGUCACCAGCAGUGGGCACAGUGCAAUGGGAAACGCGAUCCAACCAAGUUCGUAAAGAAGUCGCAGCUUGCGACGCCUGCAGGUAUCGAUCAUGACUACAAUUUCCUAACGGGCAUCGAGCGUGGACUAGAAAAGGCAGAAAAGCAGCUACAAGGCCAGGGUCUCGGCAGCCGUCCGGAUCCCCGCCGCCAUGGUCAAGGUCGCCUAGCAUCCGAUGAGCACUUCGCUGAGGCUGGCGUUACCGUGAUUCGGGCCCCUAAAGGGCUGAGUAGGCAAAAGGACAAUAAAAGCCAUAGAAACAAGAAGCAAAAACACAUUGUCUGGACGGUCGAGUGGAUCCUCGAAGACUCCAAUCGCGUUUUGACGCAGAGUUCAUCUGCAGACACUGUACUACAAGCCCAACCAUUCAAGGCGAAAAAACGGAAACGGGCGGCUGAACAACCGACGUCGAUAUUGAUAUCUGAACCAAUCAGGCAAGAUGUUUCGCUGCCUAUCAAACUCAAUGAAGCCAAACCUCCUGUUGAGGCAGGACACACACAGCCAGAGCCUGCUGCUACUGGCGGACCUGGACCAGAGCGAGUCGACGCUGGUGCCGCCGGAGAGGAUGAAACCACAAGGGAUGUGUCAGCGAAAGAGGAAGAGGGCAAAGGUGCAAGCGAUCAUCACGGGAGCAUUCGUGUCGAUGGCGCAGACCCCGAACCCGUAUCUCCUAAGUACGCUUUCUACCUACUGAGGCCAAGGACAAGCUCCAAUCGCGUUGUGCUCAUCCGCCUCGAACCUCAGGCUACACUCGCCGAGUGUCUCCGUGGACGCACGGUCCUUGAGUUUCCUACUAUACACGUCUUUCCUGAGUCAACCUCUCCACCACCAGAGAAGUUCGUACUCGAAGCCGAGUACCUCCAGCAAGAGGACGAGGAGCAGAAGGAAUUAGACGAGCUGCUCAAGCAAGUCGGUACCGAGACGCUACAUGCGCUAAAAGAAGAGCAUGGUGAAGACAGCAUGGCAGGCGAGCACAUCGACAGCGACAGAAUAUUGGAUGUGUUGAAGCAGGACAUGGGAGCAUGA